AUGCAAUAAAAUUUAAUAAAUUAUAGGAAAAGAAUAACUGAAAUAGUUUCACCUGCUUUCUUUAGAGAACGAAAGAUUUCAGAAGUAGUUGAAUUAUAACCACUUAUUCUCAAUAAUCGAAUAAAAUCUCUUCAUCUACCAGAAGCAUAAUUAUUUUUGGAUAAUUCUAUUGAAUUAGAUUUUAGUGGUUUUAAAACAGCAUAAGUUAAUCUUUUCAAUAAUAUUACUGUUUUUUAAUCACCUGGAUAAUUUGAUGGUGGAUAAAUAAUGAAGAGAUCUAUAAUUUUAUCAAGAAAUUCUUCACCAAAAAAUAGGAAGUUAUAAAGAAGAGGUACACUUUUUUUGAUUGAUGAAAAUGAAUAAAAGAAAUAUGAAUAAUGGGUUGGUAAAUUAAGAAAGAGAACAACAGAUUAUUAUAUCAACAUUAUUUUGAAUCAUUAUAUUGAAUUAUUAGCUUCAAUGUAAAUGAAACAUUAUAGUCAUUUAAUUGAUAUUUAUUGUGAUAUAGGAGAAUAAUUAUUAUAAAGUCCAAUUACUUUGAUUAGAUUUACGUUAGUUAUUGGAUCAUACUUUUUAGAAAUGAAAGAUUAUAAUAAAAGUAGUUUCUUAUCUAAAUAGUUAUUUAUUAUAAGCAAAAUGUUGUCUCUAUAUAAAGAGAGAGCUAGAAUUAUGUUAUUUAUAUCUAAAAUAUGUUAAUAAGGAUAAUAAUAUGAAUAAUCAUUAUAAAUAUUAGAAGAUGGAUUAGUUUAUAGUUGGUUGAGUGAUGGAUAAGAAGAAGAAGCAUAAAUAUAUGAAUAAAUGGGAAUUUCAUUGUUUUAUAUGUAAUAAUAAAAGAAAGCUAGAAUAUUUCAUUUUAAAUAUGUAAAUGGACAUUUAGAACCUCAUAAUUCAUAAUUAAGAAUAUCUAUCAUAAAAUAAUUAUAAUUAUCAGAGAGAUUGUUAUAAGAAAAAGGAGAAAAAUAAGAAUCAAUGAAUGAAGUUGUUAUGAAUAGAUUACAAUUUCCAUUUUUAAAAAGAGAGAAAAAUAAAGUAAUUAAGAAAAUGGAUAUAUCAUAAUUUGAGGAAAAUAUUAAAUAAGUUAUUAGUGAAUAAAGUUAAGUAAUAAAAUAUGAAAGUAUCUUAUUAAGAGAUAGUUAAAUACAAUAACCUAAAAUGAAAUUGAGAGAUUUAGGUACAAUUACACAGAAAUAUUUGGAAAUGAAGAGAAAGAAUAUUAGAUUAUAAUGGAAAUAGAGAGAAAGAGUUAGUAAUUUAACUUUAGAUAAGAAUAUCAAUGAAUAUAUUACAUAGAGAAAUAAAUAGAUUAUAGAUUGUUAAAUACUAUUUAAAAGAAUACAUGACAAUAUUGCACAUAAAAAAGAUAAAGAAUUAGAGCCGAUUCUAAUUAAUUAGAGUUAAAAGAAACCAUUGAUUUUGUAUAUAAGAAAAGUAUUUGAAUAAUAAUUAUUUGAUUGA